GUGAGCAUGGUGAUAGGGAGAAAGACCCUGUUUUUGCUGCACUUGAAUGACCCUGAAAACCCAAUAGAAUUGGCAUUCCAGAACAAGUUUGGGGAUGGUUACAUCUUGUUGGGAUUCAGUAAUGGGUUCUUCGUAGUGAUUUCCACCCAUGUGAAGGAGAUCGGGCAGGAGCUGUUCCAGAUCAAGAACCAUAAGGAGUCCCUUGCUGACAUAGCCAUAUCCAAGCCCCUUGGAAAAGCAGCCUCAUGUGGAGACAAUGUGCACUACAAAUCCAAUUUCAAAGAAGUGUCAGGGCUCAGUUCAGCAAAUGACAUGGUUCUUGUUCACGACAGGGUGAAAGUGCACGAGCUGAGCGAGAUGAAGGAGAUAUCGGAAGUGCUGACGGUGGAAGACGAACGGCACCUCGAUGCCAUCGAGUGGUCGGCCGACGGCCAGCUCUUGGCGAUGUCCAGUCCUCGGGGGAACAUUUACGUCUAUCUGUCGAAGCUGCCUCUGCUCGGAGCAAGCCACGGCCUUCGUAUCGCCUAUCUCACUUCUCUUCUCGAAGUCUCCAUCGCCAGAGAGUGGGAUGAUGUUGAGGAUCCCUGUGGAGCCAACAUUCCUGGCCUUGGGGCCCUACCACCUGGCCAUUGGAAUGAACAAUCGUGCAUGGACAAGACACUGACCAUCUCGAAUGCCGAGGGGGACACCAUCCGACAGGCCGUCCUCAGGGCCGAGCCGUCGGACAUACAGUUCUCUGAAAUGAAGCAAGAUGAGAGGGCUGCUGGGGAGAACACUGUGAGCAUGGUGAUAGGGAGAAAGACCCUGUUUUUGCUGCACUUGAAUGACCCUGAAAACCCAAUAGAAUUGGCAUUCCAGAACAAGUAUGGGCAUAUUGUAGCCUAUGUGAGCAUGGUGAUAGGGAGAAAGACCCUGUUUUUGCUGCACUUGAAUGACCCUGAAAACCCAAUAGAAUUGGCAUUCCAGAACAAGUAUGGGCAUAUUGUAGCCUAUGAAUGGUUCGGGGAUGGUUACAUCUUGUUGGGAUUCAGUAACGGGUACUUCGUAGUGAUUUCCACCCAUGUGAAGGAGAUCGGGCAGGAGCUGUUCCAGAUCAAGAACCAUAAGGAGUCCCUUGCUGACAUAGCCAUAUCCAAGUCCCUUGGAAAAGCAGCCUCAUGUGGAGACAAUGUGCACUACAAAUCCAAUUUCAAGAAAGUGUCAUGGCUCAGUUCAGCAAAUGACAUGGUUCUUGUUCACGACAGGGUGAAAGUGCACGAGCUGAGCGAGAUGAAGGAGAUAUCGGAAGUGCUGACGGUGGAAGACGAACGGCACCUCGAUGCCAUCGAGUGGUCGGCCGACGGUCAGCUCUUGGCGAUGUCCAGUCCUCGGGGGAACAUUUACGUCUAUCUGUCGAAGCUGCCUCUGCUCGGAGCAAGCCACGGCCUUCGUAUCGCCUAUCUCACUUCUCUUCUCGAAGUCUCCAUCGCCAGUUUCCAGGACAAAGAGAGUGGGAUGAUGUUGAGGAUCCCUGUGGAGCCAACAUUCCUGGCCUUGGGGCCCUACCACCUGGCCAUUGGAAUGAACAAUCGUGCAUGGUUCUUCAGUCUGGGGGAAGAGGGAACCAAUUCAUCCGUCCCUCCGGAGCUGGUCCGGGACCGGGAAUACCUCGGGACCGUGCAGGAUCUCCUCAUCAGCGACACCUACGCCUCCGUCCUCUACGAGGGGCGGCUCCAGCUCCAUCUGAUUGAGGGAGAGGCAGGGGAGGCAGAAGAGCGGGAAUCAAAGCUCUUCCCGGACCGAGAGCAUUCCAGCAUGAUCAUCACUACGCAUGCGAUCACGCCGGAAUUCCUCAUUUACGCAUCUGAUUCGGGUGGGAUCUACUUCUUCCACUUGGAGGACUGGACCAUGGCGAGCGAGUUCAGGCACACGACUGGGGUUCGAGACCUCUUCCUGCAACUGGGUGGCCUUCAUCUCUUUCUGCUUGAUGAUCGUGUCAGUGGCCACAUUUACAACCCUGUGUUGGACGAAACAGUCCCAGUCCCAGACUUACCUUCGAAGGUGCGUGGAGUGUUGUGGGACACGUGGCCUGGAGAGUAUGCCCACGUCUUUGUGGUCUACGAUACCGACUUUGCUUACUCAUAUGUGUUCCUGAAGGAUUCGGUGGCAGGAGGAGGGGUGGUGCAGCUUGGCAAGACAUUUCUGUCUCCUGGGAGUCGUCCUCUACUGCUCUGCAACGGGGAGUUGACUUGCCAGACGGCCGGAGGGAAGCUGGCGACCGUCACCCUGGCGUCCCACGACAACGGCUCCUCUGCCACCACUGAGGUUCUCUCUGCCAUGAAGCGGGAUGAACUGGAGGCUCUCCUCAAGCGCAGUCUCGCACUCCAUCGGCUGAAACAAGCUUGGAGGAUAUGUGAGGCAUUGAAAAGUGCUGAAGCUUGGGACCAACUGGGCAAGACAGCUUUGAAUGACCUUGAUAUUGAGACAAGCAUCAAAGUUUAUCGUCACCUUGGAAAUGUUGGGAUGGUGUGGUCCCUGAAGAAACUGGUUGGGAUGGAAGACAAGAUGCUUCUGGCUGGACAUGCAGCUAUGAUCCUUGGGGACUUCACGCGUGCACAGGAGUUGUACCUGCGAUCGAAUGAACCGAGGGCAGCCCUGGACAUGAGACGGGACCUCCUGCAGUGGGAUCAAGCGCUGCAGCUCGCAAGGAAACUUUCCCCCGAUCAGAUCCCAUUCAUAUCGAGGGAAUAUGCUCAGCAGCUGGAAUUCAUGGGUGAUUAUGCCAACGCAUUGUCUCACUACGAGAAGGGGCUGCUGGACGGCCGCCUCGAGGACGACGAGCAGAACAUGGCAUGUCGGGCAGGCAUCGCUCGCAUGUCCCUGCGAUGCGGGGACCUCCGUAAGGGCCUCGUCCUCGCCGGGCAGCUCAAUUCCAAGUCGCUGAAACGGGAAUGUGCCGAGAUCCUGGAGACCAUGAAGGCGAGUCUAGGUCAAUUCAGUGAAGCGGCCUCACUGUACGAGAAGGCCAACCUUCAUGAGAAGGCAGCUGCACUUUAUAUCAAGAUGAAGAACUGGCCAAAGGUUGGGGAACUUCUAGCAAACAUCACCUCUCCCAAAAUUCAUCUUCAAUAUGCCAAGGCGAAGGAGGCCGAGGGUCGGUACCGGGAGGCGGUGGCAGCCUAUGAGAUGGCACAUGAUUAUGACAGUGUGGUGCGCAUCUACCUAGAUCACCUGAACAACCCUGAUGCUGCCGUGACCAUAGUUCGCAACACAAAGAGUGUUGAAGGAGCCAAGAAAGUUGCCAGAUUCUUCCAGAAACUGAAUGACUACUCGUCGGCCAUCCAGUUCCUGGUGAUGUCGCAGUGCAAUGAGGAGGCAUUCCGCCUUGCCCAGAAGUACGGGAAAAUGGACAUGUAUGCGGAGAUCAUCGGGUCGGAGGCCUCGCCCGAGGACUACAAGAGCAUUGGCCUUCACUUUGAGAACGAGCGGAAUCCAUUCCUGGCAGGGCGGUUUUUCCACCUGGCAGGGCAGCAUGAGCGGGCACUAAAGCACCUGAUGAGAGCAGCGCAGAGUGGGGCAGAGGAGGCAGCAGCGCUCCGUCUGGCCGUGGAGGUGGCGGCAAGUUCAAGCGAUGAGUCCCUGUCGAAUCGGCUCGUGGAUUUCCUGCUUGGGGACGUGGAUCAGGUGCCGAAGGACCCUCGGUACCUCUUCCGUCUGUAUAUGGCCAAGGGACAGCUUCGAGAGGCAGCCAAGACAGCGAUCAUCAUUGCCCGGGAGGAACAGAACAAUGGAAAUUAUCGCAAUGCCCACGAUGUGCUGUUUGGGAUGUGCCAAGAGCUGAGGAAGCAGAAGCUUCGAAUGUCUGCAGACAUGGCAGCAAGCCUGGAGCUGCUGCAUUCGUACAUCCUGGUGAAGCUCCACGUGAGGCGGGGAGAGCACCGGAUGGCAGCUCGCAUGCUUGUCCGUGUGGCAGAUAACAUCUCGAGAUUCCCUGCACACAAGGUCCCGAUCCUGACGUCGACCGUGAUCGAGUGUCACCGCUCGGGACUGAAGGAGUCGGCGUUCAACUUCGCUGCCAUGCUGCUGAGGCCCGAAUACCGCGAUGAUAUCGACCCGAAAUACAGGAAGAAGAUCGAAGCGAUUGUGAGGCGACCCCCACGGGAUGGGGUGGGGCAGGAGGAAGAGCCAAAGACUCCUUGCCCAGCGUGCUCGUACCCGAUUGCGGAGACUGGACUCGAUUGCUCCCAGUGCAAGAAUCACCUGCCCUUCUGUAUUGUCACUGGUCGACAUUUGGUUCGCGGGGAUCUGACCAGUUGCCCUCGUUGUAAUUUCCCUGCAAUUCGCUCUGAAUUUGUCAAACUGGUUGGGAGUGGAGACGGCUGUCCGAUGUGCUCGUCCGGCGACUUGAAGCCGGACGACCUGCCUCAGCUGAGCGACCCUACCCCUUUCCUCCAGCUAGAUACCAGUACAUGAGCCACCAUCUAGGAGACAUGUGUACUGGUACCCAGGACUAGGGAGCAGAUUUCCGUGCAUGUGUUUUUCAUGCAGCCUUGUGGGAGCAUGCCGAUCAGAGAGGAAGGAAUUGAUGUUCUUUAUACCCAUAGAAGUUCAUAUUUUGGCCUUUUUUAUGGGAUCCUGCUGAUAUUUUCAAAUCUCAUGCAGACAUCUCUUUGGAAGGUGGA